GAUGAGUGUUGAGUGAAAAAUUGAGUGAAAAAGUUGUUUUUGGGUGAUACUCUUGUUAAAUAUUCUUUUGCAACCCAAAUGACUCCACGACCAAAUCCUCAAGAAAAUGCCCUUAAAUCAACGGCGAAGGACAUGUCUGACACACUGCCUGGACAAGAUGAAGUUUCAAAGCCUAGUGCUAAUGCAUCAAGUGUUCAGGAUCUUGGUACAGAUUUCACUUUCAAGCACGAAAUUGUUUGGGAAAAUGCGUUGGCGUUCUUAGUCUUUCACAUUGUGGGAUUUAUUGGUCUGAUUGAGGUCUUUACUUUCCGUGUAAGCAUCAUAACAACAAUGUACAGUAUCGCACUGCUUAUAAUCGGUGGGAUUGGGCUUACGAUGGGAGCUCAUAGGCACUUUACCCAUCGCACCUUCAAAGCCAAUACAACUUUGAAGCGUGUCCUUAUGAUUCUCUUUGUGCUAAACGGACAGAAUUCAUUAUGGGAAUGGGCUAGGGAUCAUAGACAACAUCAUAAGUACUCAGAUACAGAUGCUGAUCCUCACAACGCCAGCAGAGGAUUUUUCUUUUCUCACGUAGGCUGGCUUAUGUCCAAGAAGCAUCCUAAGGUGAUCGAACUAGGCAAAGGGAUCGAUAUGUCGGAUCUCGAGGCAGAUUCAUGGAUCAUGUUUCAAAAGAAAUAUUUCCUUUUAAUAUACGGAUUAGUAUCUGUGGUUAUUCCUACCAUUAUCCCGAUCAUGUUAUGGAAUGAGGAUCCCAUAAGAUCCUUCAUCGCUUGUUACGUAACCAGAACAACGCUAGCCCUUAACUUCACGUGGUUCGUGAACAGCCUGGCCCAUUUGUACGGAACACGUCCUUACGACAAAACCAUCCUUCCCGUACAGAGUCAAUUUGUAAGCUUCUUUGGACUUGGCGAAGGUUGGCACAACUACCACCAUGCCUUCCCUUGGGAUUAUAGGACAUCAGAAUAUGGGCAGCCAUACAAUUUUGCAGCAACAGUUAUUGACUACUGUGCUAAGAAGGGAUGGGCGUACGACUUGAAAUCAGCCACAGAAGAAUCCAUCAAGAAUCGUGUCCAACGAAAGGGAGACAAUUCCCACGAUAAGUACGGUGAUGCUGACAAUUUCGAUGGGUAUCAGACCUGGAUGGACCUGUGGAAGAGUCCAGCUAAUCCAAGUUAUUCCUCAAAACUUCAACCCGAACCAAUUAGAAUUACGAGACCUUAUGUGUUGCAUGAUACUGAAAAAACAGAAUGAACCCAAUUUGUGAAACAUAAAAUAUGUGUAAUUAAGACACUACUGUACAAAUGAGUAAUAAAACUUAAACUUGAUCAACAAAAA